UCCAUCGCCAUUGGCUCUGCUGAAAUCGAAAGUCUGAACUUUGAAGGUGGAGCAGACGGAGAUCAUGGCCGCGGGUGAUGAAACUCAAGAAAGAGUUGCGUCUUCUUCAUCUCCGAGUUGGAAGGAACGGAUUCUCGUCCCCACUAUACUCGCAGGUAUUGCUGGCGGAGGAGCUGGAUUGGUAUCAAAGCAUCGAAAAGUUCAUGGCCUUGCUAAUAUUUCCGCCACUUAUGCAACCAAUUUCGCCAUCGUUACUGGCUGUUAUUGUGGUGCUCGAGAGUUUGUAAGAGUAAGUAGAACUGGAAAACCUGAUGACUUGUUGAAUUCGGUAAUUGGAGGUUUUGGUAGUGGUGCUCUUUUGGGAAGGCUUCAAGGUGGCCAACUUGGUGCUAUUCGUUAUUCUGUCGCCUUUGCUGUUGUGGGAACGUCAGUUGAUUUUGCCACUCUCAAAUUGAAACCUGUCUUGAGAAGAUACUAUAACUCGGCCGUUGGCAGCAAGGACAGCUGGUUGAAGUUGCCAGAAUGGUCACCUAUACAAGUACUCGACGAGGAAGCCCUUGCUGCAAAACAUGCCCGGGAACAAGAAAUCUAUAGAAGAGUUCAUAAUUUGAACAAAGAAGAAUCUUAAUACCAACACGUUUUUGUUAUGUAUACCCCCCAUGGUUUGCUUACCUGCUUCUUAUUCAGUGGAAACAUGCAUUUGUAAACGAGCAAGCAAUAAUGAGACGCAUUAGACUCGGUUCUUGCCUGGACAAAUACUACCACAGGCACCGGUUUCUUGCACUUCAGUAGUGUCAGGUUUCCAAUUUUGCAUUAGCAGUGGGGCUAGUUUUGCACUGAAAUUGUACUGAUAUAUUGAUUGUCAUUUCCUGAAACUUGAAUUUCAUGUGACUGUGCUAGUUACUGUUGCCUAAAAAUGAAUGUAUUUGAUUCUAUUUACACUUGAUUAA